CAAAGCCCGGCUAGAUUUGGAAGAUAUGAACAUACGUAAAGAGCUUCACUUGGUGAGGAAGAAUGAUCAUUGGGUUAAACCACAUGCUUCGUACGUUUUAACUCGCGAUGAGAGAAAACAAUUUUGCAAUUUACUUAGCUCAGUGCGUUUUCCAGAUGGGUAUGCUGGAAAUUUAGCUAAAAAUGUAAAUGUUGAGGACGGUAAGGUAUAUGGGCUUAAAUCACAUGAUUGUCACGUCUUGAUACAACGCAUCAUUCCUAUUGCAAUUCGUCCCUUUAUGACAAAACAAAUUCACGAUGCGAUAGUGGAGCUGUCUCAAUUUUUCAGGAAACUUACUGAAGUCACAUUACACGUCACAGAGUUGGAAGCGUUACAAGAAAACAUAGUCAAGAUUCUGUGCAAGCUUGAACAAAUAUUUCCCCCGUCAUUUUUUACGGUUAUGAUGCAUUUGUGUGUACAUCUUCCUUAAGAGGCAAUUUUGGGAGGACCUGUGCAAUCAAGGUGGAUGUAUCCGAUCGAAAGAUACCUUGGCCAUUUAAAGAAAUAUGUUGGAAACAAAGCAAAACCCGAAGGCUCGAUAGCAGAAGGUUAUGUUGUUGAGGAAGCUAUAACAUUUUGUUCACACUAUUUACGAGGUGUUGAAUCAAAGUUGGAUAAACGUGAUAGAAAUGUUGACAAAACCUCUAGUGAUGCUCGAAGCUUUGCGUUAGAUAUUUUUAGAUUGAAUGGUCGAGGUAUUGGAAAGAAAGAAGUUCACAUGCUUCCUACUAAUCUUAUGAAGAAAGCAAUAUGGUUUAUCUUCAACAAUUGUCAAGAGGUUCAACCGUACUUAGAGGAACACUUACAAAUUUUACAAAAUCAACAUCCGGAAUCAUCAGAUUUUUCUGAGAUGCAACAGUCUACAUUCCCGGAUUGGUUUGCAAAACGAGUUCGAGAGAUGUAUGUGCUAAAUCCAUCUCAAAUUAAUGAGGAGUUAUAUGCACUGUCUUGCCUUCCUGAUAAUCGAGUUUCGUCACAAAGGGGAUACAUAGUGAAUGGAGUAAAAUUUUUAGUUAAGUCAAGCGAUGACUGCAGACAAACACAAAAUUGUGGAGUUACGGUACCGGGCGUUCAUAAUGAUAUCGAGGACGAUUACUAUGGAUACCUUGAUGAAGUCAUUGAAUUGUCAUUCAUAAGAGGUUAUCGUAUUAUUUUAUUCAAAUGCACAUGGUUUGAUACUGAUCGACGAAGAAAGCACGUGAUAUUUGAACCUCAUUUCAUAAGCAUAGACACGUCCCGACAUGCUUAUAAGGAUGAUCCUUUCAUUUUAGCAAACCAGGCAAAACAAGUGUUUUAUAUAAAUGAUAUACUUAAACCGAAUUCACAAUGGAAAAUCAUUGAAAGAAUUACCCAUAGGCACUUGUGGGAUAUUCCAGAAAAUCAGAAUGCAGAAGACAUGUUAGAAGAUGUCAACCUUCAUCGUGAAGAUGUUGAAGAUGAAAUUAUUGAAACUGUUGAUGUUCAACAUCAUUCUGAUGGCACUAUAGAUGGUUUUAUUACUGAUGAGAUAGAUGAUUCUGAUCAUAGCAUGGAAGAUUUUGGUUCAGAGACAAAUUUGGAUGAGUCAGAUGCUGAUAAGCCCAAUAAUGAAAUUGAAAAUGAUGAGUCAGACAAUGAUGAUUGAUAAUGUUCAUUCUAUAAAUUUUGUAAACGUAUAAUUAUCAAGGAAGGAAUCACACGUAGUAUUUAAUAAAGUUUGGCAAAGUUGAACAACACUCGAUUUUGGUUUGGAUUGGGCUCAAGGAUGUGUUUUAGAGGCUUGUGCUACUUGGAUGUGUGAAGGUUGUUAAUGUGCUGCAAUCGGUUGAUUUAGAUGCUAAUAAUUUUAUUAUGUAUUUUCUUGAACUUUGCACUUUUUUUAUGUUCAUUUAGACUAAUUUUGGAAAUAUCAUGUAUUAUGUUAAAAGUAUAAUGCAUAUGCUUUUU